AUGCUGCUCAAUGAAACCUCCCUCAACAAGUCUGCGUGUCUCACUGAAACUCAACAUCCUCAGCACAUGAUUCCAGUUCUUUACUUCCUCAUUUUCCCGACAUCUCUGGCCCUGAACGGUAUAGCAGCGUGGGUGUCUCUGUACCUCAACUCCAAGGCCACUUUCGUGGUCUACCUAAAAAACCUACUCGCCGCCGACCUCAUCAUGACCUUCAUCCUUCCGUUCGAUGCUUUGAAAGACCUGAACAGCGGAUCUGAGUGGCUGUUGGUGCUGAUGUGCCGCUACCUAAGCACCAUCUUUUACAGUACGAUGUACACGUCCAUCAGCUUGCUUGGGUUGAUCAGUGUGGACCGCUGGUUGAAGAUCAUGAUGCCUCGCAACAGGCUGCCUUGUCACAACAUCCAGUUCAGCAAGUUCAUGUCCGCUGCAGUUUGGCUGAUAUUGUUUGGAUUUACCUGCCUGCCGAACAUCAUCUUAACAAACAGGUCAGAGGACAGCAUGGGGGAGGUCCAAACGUGCAUGGAUCUGAAGGGACCUCUGGGCCUUGAAGUCCAUCAGCUGAUCAUCAUUUGCCUCAAUGUGUAUUUCUGGAUUGUUAGCCUGCUCAUGGUGGUGUGCUACGUGUGCAUCGCACACAAAGUCAUUGAGUCCUUCAAGAGAUCCGGCAGCAAUAACAAGCAGGGAAAGCAGAGAAUGAAAUACCGAAUCUUCUCCGUCGUGAUCGUCUUCUUUAUCUCCUUCAGUCCAUAUCACAUUAUCAGGAUCCCAUACACCUUCCAGCAGGUCAGCUCCGACAACUGCGCUUACAUCCAGGGGAAGUUCGCCAAGCAGGUCAGCCUGUUUCUAGCCACCGUCAACAUCUGUCUCAGUCCACUUCUCUACGCCUUUCUGUGUUACGACUUCAGGAAGAAACUGAUGUCGCUGUUGAAAGAUCUUGACAUUCCACUGCCGAUCGACUUAACCGACAAAGAUAGCAGUGCGUCAACGCAGCCAUCCAACAAAGCACCGGUCAAAUGA